GGGCAGCACGACAGCGGCCGCGCUUGACGGCGGCGGGCGUCGCGCUAAGGCCGGUGAAGGACGGCGGUGCCGGUGCCGCUCCCGGUGCCCGUCCCGGUGUCGGUCCCGGUCCCGGUCCCGGUGUCGGUCCCCGCCGGCCGCCGCCAUGCCGUUCCUGGGGCUGCAGCGGCAGCUGGGCAUCGACCUGGACAGCUGGCUGCUGCGGCAGAGCGCGGCGCAGCCCCACGGCAAGGCCGGGGCCUGCCACGCCUUCGAGCGGGAGUGGGUGGAGUGCGGCCACGGCCUGGGCCAGACGCGGGCCCGCCGCGAGUGCCAGCCCGAGUACGAGGACUUCAUGGAGUGCAUGCACCGCACCAAGCUGGCUGCACGUCUGAAAAAGAUCCUGGACCAGCGGGACAAGAUGAUCAAGGAAGGGAAGUACACCCCGCCCGACUACCAGAAGAGCCAGGAAGAGCCCAGGCCUUGAUGCGCUGGGACCCCACCUCAGUCUGCAGCUGAGCAGUGAAGCCCCUGCAAGGAAAGCGCCCGGCACGGCUGGGCUCUGCUGCGGCUGCUCCACGCACUGCGGGGUCGGGGCUGCCCGAUGACCUUGCCCUGACUGGAGGGGAAUGACACCUGUGUCAGGCAUUAAUUCCCUGCUAGUAAAUGUUUCCUUUGGAGCAGCACGCGGCUCUGUCGUGUCCUUCUGAAUAAAAUACAUCUGAGUGUCUC